UUUUCCCGCCAAACAAAUGAAGAGGCGCGUUGAGAUUUAUAUGUCAACCCUUUAAAAAACACCGCCGAUCGAAGUUCGUUGAAACGUCACCGUCACUCCACGGUGUUUUUAAUCUUUUAAUAUUACAAUUUACAAACAUAAAAAAUCUUUAAAGAAUUAUUAUAAUCAGUUUCUAUUCUCUAAUCAACACAUCAUAAUCACUCCCCUUAAUAACUCUGCCGUUAUCUCCAAUGCCGAUCCUUCUUCCUCUCCUUUGCUCCUCGCCGCCGUUCAUGGUGCUUUAUUUUGUCUUUAAUGGCCGGCGGAGACACUCCCAAACGUCCUCCGGACAAGGAGAAAGGAGUCUCUUCGUCUUUGCCGGCGGUGGAGGAGUCAAAUACUUUCUCCGAUGUAUCGCUAUCCGACGCUCCGAUCCUCCUGCUCGUUUAUUUUCACAAAGCUAUGCGCGAAGAGCUUGCACAGCUGUACAGCCUCGCUGUUUUAGCUUCAGAAAUAAUUAGUGUGUGUACUGAUGAUAGUGUCAAUAAUAAUAAACGACACGAGCUGAUCGUUGAACUUCGUCGCCGUUUUGAUUUUCUUAAACUUGUACAGACUUAUCACGCUGCUGUUGAAGAUGAGGUUAUAUUUCUAGCAUUAGAUGAGCACAUUAAAAAUGUGGUGCAGAGUUACGCACUAGAACAUGAUAGAAUAGCUGAGGACUUCGGCUCCGUUUUUCGUUGCUUGAGUACACUCGACGAAAGCGAAGCCAAAGAUGAUAAUCACGGUUCAAAGCAGGCGCUAUUUCAGGAACUUUUAUCUUGCAUUGCCACCAUGGAUUCCUCCAUUAGCAACCAUAUGUUCAAAGAAGAAAAGCAUGUUUUUCCUUUGCUCAUGGAGCACUUCUGUUCCAAAGAACAGGCUUUGCUUAUGUGGCAGUUUUUCUGUAGCAUUCCUGUGAUCCUGCUGGAGGAGAUGUUGCCGUGGAUGAUCUGCUUGCUAACUCCAGAACAACGAGUAGAUUUUACUCGUUGUAUUAAGGAAGUUGCGCCUCAGGAAAUAUUACUGCAAGAGGUGGUAGUUUCUUGGCUUCAUAGGAAUGAUCAGUCCUCGUCGGAGGCUAUCACCAAAAUUGCGAAUGAACCUCGUGAUGGGCCUACAUAUAUCAAAGGUCUGCCACAUUCGCUUAGGGAAGGGAAGAAGACAUGUCAUGUCCCCACCAAUGCAGUAAAUGAUGUGGCUGACUGCCUCCAUCUUUGGCACCGUGCCAUUCAGAAAGAUUUGAAGGAAAUACUUGAAGAGGCAUCUGAAAGCAAAAUCUUUUUUUCGGAUAUGGAUUCUAUAGUUGUCCGGCUGAAAUUUCUUGCCGAUGUUGUAACCUUCUACAGCUAUGCAUUGAAGAAAUUCUUUUACCCUGUGUUAAAUGAACCUGGCAACGACCACCCAUCUACCUGCUCCACUGAACAGUUUCUGGUUGAAAGCCGUAUAGAAAGCCUUCACAAAUUACUACAGUGCAAUGCUCAAAAUAGUUUGUCUUUGAGCAAAUUUAUCGAGAAGCUUUGCCAGGAACUGAAGUCCCUUGUGAUGGAUGUUAGCAAACAAUUUCACUUUCAGGAAAUAGAGGUAUUUCCCCUUAUUAUGAAGAAAUGUAGCAAGGAUGCCCAGCAACAGCUUUUGUAUAUGAGCCUUCAUCUGAUGCCACUAGGACUACUAAAGUGUGUAGCUCAUUGGUUUGCGGCUCAUUUGUCUGAGAAUGAUUCCAGGCCAUUUCUUCAUGGAAGGAACUAUGGAGAUAAGUUAUCCAAUUCAUCUUUUGCAUCUCUCUUACUUGAAUGGUUCCGCAUUGGUUAUUCAGGUAAGACUUCCAUUGGAAAGAAGUUGCACAAAACAUUUAGUAGUAGAUGCUCAUUUCUACCAGAGCAAAUCAAAGAGGUGGUUGGAAAAUCACCCUUGCUCUCCAAUGUGCAUUUUCCUAAAGAAUCCAAACCCAGUACAACGGAACCGGUCUCUUCUUAUAAAGGCAAAAUGCUUCUAUCGGAUUCUUGUCCUGAUUCUUGCAAAGCUGAGAUGUAUGGGGAGUUCUAUGCAAGUGAGAUAAAUCGGCAUAUAUUUUUCCCUUCAACGAAAAGAUUGUUGAACCCUUUUUCUCCUGCGGAGAGUUCUGCAAUUCUUGUUACUAAUGAACCAAAGCCAAUCGAUCUCAUCUUUUUCUUCCACAAGGCUCUGAAGAAAGACUUGGAUUACCUUGUGUCUGGUUCAUCUCGAUUGGCUGAAAACAUCGGAUAUCUUACAGAGUUCAGCCAGCAUUUCCAUCAUUUCUGGCAUCACCACCAAUUUCACAGUGAAACUGAAGACGAGAUUGCCUUUCCUGCUCUAGAAGCUAAAAAGGAUGUCCAAAACAUUAGCUGCACCUACUCUAUGGACCACAAGCUUGAAUCUGAAUAUUUCAAUGAUAUAUCUCUCAUGUUAGAUAAGAUGUCUAAGUUGCAUACAUCAUUGUCUAGUGCCGAUUCAAGCAUUCUGGCUCACACAGUGGCAAAAUAUAAUUCAUUGUCUACGAAGCUCCGUCAUAGAUGCGAAUUAAUGCACAAGUUGGUUUGCGAUCACAUCCAUCAUGAAGAGCUUCAACUUUGGCCUUUAUUUAGACAAUUUUCUAUCCAGGAGCAAGAAAAGAUAAUGGGACUCAUGUUAGGGAAAGUGGGAGCAGAAUCAUUACAAAAUAUGAUUAUCUGGUUGAUUGGUUCCUUAACACCGGAAGAACAGCAGGUAAUGAUGUCCUUAUGGCGUAAUGUGACAAAAAAUACAAUGUUUGAUGAAUGGUUAGGGGAGUGGUUAGAAGGGUAUGGUGCUUCUCCUGUGGCAGAGGACAGUAAUACUUUACCAACUGCAGAUCCUUUAGACAUUAUCUCAAGUUAUCUAUCCAAAGAUGCUCGCAGAGAACAGGAUGACAUCAUUUGUGAUGAGAGCAUCAAGUUUUCACAAAAAGAUGCCUCUGCUGCUAAUACUGACAUGUUUGGAGAGUGCAAUUUGGAUGAUAAAGGGAAGGUUGCUACUGAAGAUCCAAAUAAUGGAUGUUCAGAAUGUGGAAAGCUUCUUGCUGAAGGUAAGACGAAGAGAUUCAAUGAAGUAGUUAAUAUUGGAGAUGAGAUGGGUAAACCUGAACCAGGCAAACCUUUUCAGUCAAAUACAAAGUUAGGGCAGCAUGGGCACCUUUUGACUAUGACCCAAGAAGAUCUAGAGUCUGCAAUAAGAAGGGCCUCUCGUGACUCAUCCUUAGAUCCUCAGAAGAAAUCAUAUAUAAUCCAGAAUCUGACGAUGAGCCGCUGGAUUGUUCAACAGCGGAUAUCUCGUUCAAAUACAACCAUCAAUGGCAAUGAAGAAGACAUUCCAGGAAGACAUCCAUCUUAUCACGAUGACAAAAAAGUAGUGUGGGGCUGCAAGCACUAUAAAAGAUCCUGUAAACUCGUCACUGACUGUUGUAGUAAGAUCUACACAUGCAUAUAUUGCCAUAAUGAGGAGGCUGAUCAUGUGACAGACAGAAGAAAAAUUACCAAGAUGAUGUGCAUGAAAUGCUUGGCUAUUCAGCCAAUUGGUCAAACUUGCUCAACUGCCUCGUGCAACAACUUAUUUAUGGCAAAAUAUUAUUGCAGUAUUUGCAAAUUGUUUGAUGAUGGAAGGGAAAUCUACCAUUGUCCUUACUGUAACAUCUGCCGACUAGGGAAGGGUUUGGGCAUUAAUUACUUCCAUUGCAUGAACUGCAAUGCCUGCAUGUCAACAUCUCUUUUGGUGCAUGUAUGCAGAGAAAAAUGCUUGGAAAAAAAUUGUCCUAUUUGCCAUGAGGACAUUUUCACCUCGACCAAUCCAGCAAAAUCCCUACCUUGUGGUCAUAUGAUGCACUCGACAUGUUUUCGGGACUACACUUGUACUCAGUAUACCUGCCCAAUUUGUAGCAAGUCACUUGGAGAUAUGCGGGUGUACUUUAAGAUGUUGGACGCAUUAAUGGCUGAAGAGAAAAUGCCAGAUGAUUAUUCAGACAGGACUCAGAUUAUACUAUGUAAUGACUGCGAGAAGAAAGGAGAUGCUCCUUACCAUUGGCAUUAUCAUAAAUGCCCAACAUGUGGCUCAUACAACACCCGAUUACUGUGAACUUACUCCACUUAAAGAAGAAAUCUGAUGGUGAUGAUGAUGUUGUCUAUACAUCUCGAGCUGAGAAUGAACGGCGUGGAUCUCUUCUUCAGCUUGCCUAAUUUGAUAAUGUAGCUGACAGAUAAUUCCCCAGCAGCCAUGAACCGGAAACCUGUCGCGAAUAUUCGAUUGGUAGAUUAUAGAACGCAUAGCUUCCCCUCUCUGCGAUGCAUCGAGUUUCUUGAGAAUCUUUAUAAUGUUGCUGACACCAAAUAAUUUAUGAGCAUUCUGAAACAUUUUUGGUUGGUCAGGUGGGAAAUAAGGUGCUAAAGGACAGUCACUGGAGCAUUUUCUUCUCUGGUAUUUGCACGCAGCACAAGCUUGGCUGGUGCCACCUUUUAGUGUCAUAUUCUUAGCAUCCAAAAUUUUUGGUUUUUGUAUUUGAGAUGGUUGAAAUUAUAGUAACACUUGAUGAUGAAAGAAAAGGAAAAAAUAUUAGUAAAAUGUAAAAGUGAAAAAAUGUGGUGUUGUUGAAACUGAAAAGGGUAAAAAAAAACAUUUUAUUAUAAUGCUGAACAGGUCUGAUAUGAGCGGAUUUGGUGGAGGUGAAAAAGACUGAGUAAAAAUGAAGAUCAUGUAGAGAGAGAAAGAUUUGCGAAUUUGAAGGAAGUUGAGGUGGUUGUUUAAUUUUGUUUCAAGUAUUAUUGUUAUUAUAUGACCGUUAGUGACAAAUGUUGAUUGUUUAGCAGAAUCCUAUUUUUGGGGUUAUCAGCUUUUGGUCAAUCUUAUUUUUA